AUGAAGGUUGCCUGCAGUUCUGCCAUCGUCGGACUCCUGCUCGGAGCGGCUGUUCCAGCUGUGUACGCCGGACCUCAUGGCGGUCACAAACCCCAGAAGAAAGGAGGCUACACAACCACUACAACGCUCCCUCCCAAUCCGAUGGACGUCCGAACGGAGUGCUUCCAGGUGCCGUACAGUGUCGAAAAGACAUGCUACAAGGACGAGCAGGUUUCCCGGCCCUACUCCUGUCCGUCUUCAUACUCUGAAGAAGUGUGCAGCACCCAAUGGAUGGAAUCUAACGACUUGUGCACUAAACUGGUGAAGAAGGAGGUUCAGUACCAGUGCCCGAAGGCAACGAAGCAAACCCUUUGCUCCCAAAUCCCGGUGACCCUGAACAAAACAUGCAAGAAGCAGGUCACGAACAAGGUCCCGAGCACUUGCCCGAAGGUUGUGACAAUCCCUGAGUGUGAAAUCCAGUCGAGGCCCUCUCAGGACGUGUGUUACGAGUCGGAGGCGUACAGUCAGGAGUAUGACUGCUGGGGCUCCGAGCUUCAUCGCGAAUGCGAGGUGGACAUGCGCGUCGUGGACUCUCAAUGCAACCGCGUUGUCGACUCGCCUGUGCUGUACGAGUACGAGGAUACCAUUGUUGAGAGGGUCUGCUCCACGAAACUCCACACGAAGGAGGGACAGUGCAAGAAGACAAUUCUGACAGAGGAGCAGUAUCCGUGCCCGGAGACGAAAUGGGAAAAGAAGUGCUUUGAGUCUGCGAAGCUGGUGCAAGAGCCUUGCCAGAAGCGAUCGUCGCCCAGAGACCUAUGA